UUCCCACUGUCUGAUGAUGAAAUGAGAAGGAUCCGGUUCAACGUGAACUUAUUUAAUAGUAGACUCAAUAUAGUUUUUCAUCGAUUUAAUCACAGCUUUAACAAAUCACGCUUUAAAAUGACUGUGUCAAGUGUCGUUGCAAGUGAAAGUGCUACUCAACAAAUCAAAACACCUUUGAAAGAAUUAUCUCCCAGUCCUGAGUUUAUCGAACAUCGGUUGAAGCUAUGGGAUAAGUUUAAAUCUAUUUAUUUGGCCGAGUUGGCUACCAAAGAACCUAAAUUGAUUAAAAUCUCCUGUAUUGACAAAGAUGGAAAUUUAAAAACUUUAGAGGGACUUGAAAGCUGGAAGACAACUCCGAUUGAUGUUGCCAAAAAAGUUGGAUCCAAAUCAUGGGUUGAAAGCAUAAUCAUUUCAAAAGUUAAUGGAAAGUUGUGGGAUCUUGAAAGACCAUUAGAGGAAGAUUGUUCAAUUGAGUUAAUCAAAUUUGAUGAUGACACAGGUAAGGCUGUCUUCUGGCAUUCAACUGCCCAUGUUUUGGGAGAAGCCCUGGAAAGAUUAUAUGGAAGUCACCUUUGUUAUGGUCCUCCAAUUGAAAAUGGUUUCUAUUAUGAUAUGUACAUGAUUCAUAAAUCGUGUAAUCAAUGUGGAGAAUCUGGUGACGCGGAAGGAAAACCUACUGAUGAUAAUCUAGCGACUGUUUCAUUACAUCAUUUUCCUCAGAUUGAAAAUCUAAUGAAAACUAUUUGUAAUGAGAAGCAACCUUUUGAGAGACUCGAAUUGACCAAAGAACAGCUGCUUGAAAUGUUCAAUUACAACCAAUUUAAAGUAAGGAUCUUGAAUGAAAAAGUCAAGGAAGACCGGACCACUGUUUACCGAUGUGGCUCCCUAAUUGAUCUAUGUCUAGGUCCUCAUAUCAAACAUACUGGACUGAUAAAAGCAUUGAAAGUCACCAAAUCAUCUGCUACUCAUUGGGAGGGUGAUGUAUCUCGUGAGCAGCUCCAAAGAGUUUAUGGAAUCUCUUUUCCUGAUACCAAACAAAUGAAAGAAUGGGAAAGAUUUCAAGAAGAGGCAGCAAAACGUGAUCAUCGGAAAAUUGGUGUAGCCCAAGAUUUGUUCUUUUUCCAUGAAUUCAGUCGCGGAUCUGCAUUUUUCACCCCAUAUGGUGCAUAUAUUUAUAACAAUUUGAUUGAAUUUAUUAGAAAAGAAUAUCGCAUGAGAGGCUUCAAAGAAGUUAUAUCGCCAAAUAUUUACAAUACCAAACUAUGGGAAACAUCGGGCCAUUGGCAACAUUAUAAAGAUAAUAUGUUUGUUUUUGACCUUGAUGAAGAAAAAUAUGCCCUAAAACCAAUGAAUUGUCCUGGACAUUGUCUUAUUUUCGAUUCACGCACUCGCUCAUGGAAAGAUUUACCCAUAAAAUUCGCAGACUUUGGUGUUCUCCAUCGAAAUGAAGUCUCUGGAGCUCUCUCAGGAUUGACUCGGGUUAGAAGGUUCCAACAAGAUGAUGCCCAUAUUUUCUGUUCCUAUUCACAAAUUGAAAAAGAAAUUCUGGAAUGUCUACAAUUCAUGCAAGACGUUUAUUCAACCCUUGGAUUCACUUUUGAUAUGGUUUUAUCCACCCGUCCUGAUUCUUACAUUGGUGAACUUUCUAUCUGGAAUAAUGCAGAAGAAUCUUUGAAAAAUGCUUUGAAUGCCAGUGGAAAUAAAUGGGGUCUAAAUCCCGGUGAUGGAGCCUUUUACGGACCAAAAAUUGAUAUAACCGUAAAAGAUGCCCUCAAAAGACCUUUCCAAUGUGCUACAAUCCAAUUAGAUUUUCAGCUACCAAUAAGAUUCAAUCUUAGUUAUAUUGGACCCGAUGGGGAAAAACACAAACCAGUAAUCAUCCACAGGGCUAUUUUCGGUUCAGUUGAAAGAUUUAUAGCAAUUUUGACCGAAAACUUUGCUGGAAAAUGGCCUUUCUGGUUAUCACCAAAACAAGCAAUUCUCAUUCCGGUAGCUGAACCAUUUGUUGAAUAUGCUGAAUCAGUUCGCUCGAAACUCUAUUUAGCUGGUUUUGAAGCAGAAAUCGAAGCUGAUCCAGGGCUCAGUCUAAACAAAAAAGUUCGUAACGCCCAGCUUGAUAAAUUCAAUUUUAUCUUGGUUGUUGGUGAAAAGGAAAAAGAAAACGAUUCAGUGAAUGUGCGAACUCGAGAUAAUGUGGUUAGAGGUGAAUUUAAAGUAGACGAUUUGAUUGAGAAAUUCAAACGUUUCAAGGAGCAAAGAUUAUUGAAAGCUGAAGAUGAGUUUUAAAAGCUCUGAGAAUAAUAAGUAUCUUGAUUUAUCUAAAUUAAAUUAAUUGCAGCAUUUUACUGUCAAGCUAUUCCGUUGCUCUACCUUUGUUUUAAUUAAUGCACAUUGAAAAGGUUCAAUUUAAAAUGAAAUCAUUCAAUGUCAGAAUAAAUACUGAAUGAACCAAAAAA